CAUUUUAUAACAAAUCGGAAAAUUCUACCGUAUUAUCAAUUUGGGGCUUUUAUUUUAUAAUCUUAUUUUUUGUGACAAGUCAUUGAAUCUUUCGGAUCCAUUUUGAAAAUCGAUAAAACAAUCAAAAAAAAAAAUCGUGAUACUAUCGAAUAAAUCGCUCAUCAUCACACGGUUAACACGUCAUAUCACGUGACAGACCCUAUUUUCUAUGCUUCUUCUUUGACUCAUAUAUGAGUUUCGAGGGUGAUUCAUAAAUUGCUAAUAACUGAUAAUGGUGAUGAAUGAUGUUUCUUAUCUCUUUGGAUAUUGUUGGCCAGUGAAUUAUAAUUUUUUUUACAUCAUUAUCUUUUGACAAUAUCAUCAUGAUCUUAGUGUGAAUUUCUUUUUUAUUAUAGUGAUAUUUAUAUGAUUAGAUAUUGUCGUUGACGUCGUCGUAGUCGUCGUCGUCGUCGUCGACAUCGAGAGUCCUAUUUUCAUCCACCGAUAUUUUUUUUGGACUAUAUAUCUCGUUAUAAUUAUUUCCAUUAUAUUGUCAUUUACAAAUACUUACUUGAACGAAAAAGCAGUCGGUACAAAAAUUUUCAAUUUUCUCUCACGAAGAAAUACAUUCAUCUAAAAAAAUUGUUGUUUAAUUUUCCUGUUUCCAAUCAACAAAGAUAAUAAUAAUGGUCGCCACAUUAAUAUCUGAUCUAUUGGCCGGCAAUAGUAAUUCAACAACAACAGGUGAUGAUGUAACAUUCUGGUCACGGCUCAAUGAAGUGAAAUUCAUUCAUGGUUAUAUUGCAUCAUUUUCGGUGAUCAUCGUUUCAGAAUUGGGUGAUAAAACAUUUUUUAUUGCGGCUAUAAUGGCUAUGCGUCAUUCACGGUUAAAAGUUUUUGCCGCCGCAAUGUUGGCCAUAUUGGUGAUGAAUACAUUGGCCGUAUUGAUGGGUAUGGCUACAACUGUUAUACCACCGGUUGUAAUUAAAUAUGCAUCCAGUGGCCUGUUUCUGAUAUUUGCCAUUAAAAUGUUUUACGAAGGUUGUAAUAUGACUGAUGAAGAUUCCAAAGAAGAAAUGGAAGAAGUACAAAAAGCUAUAAAUAAAAAAGAAUUAACCGCAUCUAUUGAUUAUGAAAGUAUACCAGUUCAUCAAGAUCCAGAAACUGGUAUUAUUAAAACACCCAGAAAAUUAUCGAUGACAACAAAGAUGCGAAGAAAAUUAAUGCAAUACGUAUCAUUAGUGUUUAUCGAAACAUUCACCAUGACAUUUUUAGCUGAAUGGGGUGAUAGAUCACAAAUAUCGACCAUUAUAUUGGCUGCAAGUGAUGAUAUUUAUGGUGUAUUUUUUGGAGCAUUAUCUGGCCAUUUUAUUUGCACCGGUAUUGCUGUACUUGGUGGCCGUAUUAUAUCGCAAAUGAUUUCAGUAAAAACUGUCACUAUACUUGGUGCAUUCAUUUUCCUAUUAUUUGCAAUAUUAGGAAUAUUUCUUAAUUAAUUCAAAUCAAUUUUUUGUUAAUGUUGCCAAUUUAAAAAAAUUACCAUCAUCAUCAUCAGCGGCCAAUUAUAUCAUUUAUAAUGAUAAAAUUAAAAAAUUGAUUCAAUGUCGCGUUCGAUGAUCUCAUUUUGUCUAAUUAUUAUAAGGAGAUUUUAUAGUAACACUUUAUACAUACCAAUUUUUUUUGUUGACUAUAAAUUAUUGCUUUGAAAUGUUUAUUUUUAUUUAUAAAUAAAA